AUGGCUCAGAUACAAGUAAUCAACAAGUCCAACUAUAAAGAACACCAUCUGGUUACACUACCAGCCGAGGCACUUCUCCCAUUAGCAGAGUCAUCUAUUAGAGUCCAAACUACUCUGUUCUCCCUCACGACGAACAACUUUACCUACGUUCGUUUUGGAGAUCUAGUGAAAUGGUGGGACUUCCAUCCAUUGCCACCGACGACACCGGCUCCGUAUAACGACCCUGAAAAAUACGGCCGUAUAUCUUGCUGGGGCAUCGGACACGUAAUCGAGAGCACAACUGCAUUAGUUCCAGAGGGUACCAAAAUCUAUGGUUACAUUCCCAUCGGGACGCUGCCAGUGACCAAACGAAUAGAGGCGUCCGACUCGCCAAACUACAUAAUGGAAACAACGGAGCACAGGGCACAUCUUUCAGAGCUCUACAACCGAUAUUUUAUCUACCGUGAUAAUCCAGAGUCCUCAUCGAACGAUUUUGCCUGGGAUGCGGCGAUGAAGGUGCUCUUUGAGACUUCUUACUUGAUCAAUCGCUUCGCGUUGGCCUGGGACUUGGAAGGCCAUCCACCUAUUUCUCCCAACGGACUAGGCGCCUGGAGCGUUGACGAUGCAGAUCUCAAAGACACAAUUCUGUUAGUCUUCGCACCAUCCAGUAAGACAGCUGCAGCAUUCGCCCAGCAGUGCAGAGUUCUAAGACCAAGGAACUGUCAGCCGCAUCGCUUAGUGGGAGUGGGUUCUGAUGCCUCGAAAUCACUGACGGAAGGGUUUGGUUGGUACGACGAAGUUGCCGUCUACUCUGACGAUCCUAUCGCCCUUGUUGGAGAGGCCAGCAUCGGAUCAAAGAGUAAAGUAGUCAUUAUCGAUUUCGGUUCCCGGGGCAUAGCUUCUGCUUCUUGGGCCAACAAGCUUCAUGGUCGGGUCGAAUCUAUCCGAUGUCUACUGGUUGGCACCUCUCCUACUAAUUCCCAAGGUAUGCGCGAAACCAUUGUAGCAUUUCCCGACAAGGGCGCCACUUUGUGUAGCGCAAUCGCAUUACGAAGCGGAGCAAUCCAGGUGAUCGGACCCACUACUUACUUUAAUGAUCUGGAUAGUGCUUGGGACGUGUUCAAGAAAGGUGGUGCUAUACCGGGCGUAACGUUGAAGAUUGGAGACGGAAUGAACAGCUUCAUGAAGGGCUGGGAUGAUCUAGCCUCUGGGAAGAUACUAUCUUCCACAACUCUGUUAUUUGAAGUUUAG